GUAUUUUAUGGUAACAUAAUUUAUAGCGAACGGUAAUGACCGAUACCGUUCUAAUAAAUGGUCCGGCGACUGUCGGCCUCUUUCAACACGAACCACCAAGCGAGUAACAUCUCCUUUUACAACAGCUCCGAAACCCUUCAAGUAUUUAUUAUAAUUUAAUUAACCAAUCGUUCCUCCGCGAGUAUCUCCGUUCGGUUCCGUCUACCUCAGUCGCUCUUGCCGGUUAUAAUAUUGGCGACGAGGAAAAUCUACGAAAAGUGCGCGUGUGAGAAAAAAAAGUGCUGUUCCCCGGGCGAUUGCCGGAUAGGCAGUGUGCAGUUUUGCCUCCGGGGCGGAGAGCGAUUUAAACAGCAGCGGUACAAAAAGUUUAGACUGGUUGCAGAGCAGGUGGUAGAUAUCGGAACAUUUCCGACUGGGAUUUUCCGGAGAAGCGGUAUUGUCGGUAAUAAUUAUGCUAAAUUGAAAAUACGCCUAUUGUUUUAUUAUUUUAACAGAAGGUUGGAACAACAAAAGAAAAGUGAAAAGUUUUUUGAAACUAUUUAGUUAGUGAUUAAUAAGUGUUUUUCUUCUUUAUAUUCCAUACAGAUAGCGGCGAUUGCCGGCGGACAGGUUUUCCCCUUUGAAACUUAAGUCCGCGGAAGGGUAUUUACCGGAGCACAAUAAAUUUUCGGGUUUGGUAUUAUUGGAUUGUGGUAAGUUGUUUUGUGAUAUUGUUUCCGUGAUAUUGUUUCUUUUAUUUGAAAUUCAUAUUUAAAUAGUGAGAAAAGUGAUUUUUUUUAUUUUGGUAUACAUUGUUCGUGAAAAAGUGCAUUGUGUUGAGUAACAAUUAGACAAAAGGCCGUUUAUCGCAUUAAUGGCGGAUACGCCUUAAAUUGAGACGGUUUUGAUGAAUUUAUUUGUUGAUUUUUUUUCGAUUUUUUUUUCUGAUGAUCAAUGGAAGUAUGUUGCUUUUGAUAGAUUGUGCGCAAAUUAUUUAAAACCAAUUGAAAUAUUUAAUUUAGGGUGCUUAUAUGGUACCAUUUUAACAAAUUAUUUUGAAACAUUUAUCCGAAUUAUUUUGGGUUUAUUAUUUUAUAAAAUUUUAAUUGUUGGUUGGUUUUAAAAGUUAUAGAAAUGAUUUCGUACGUAGCACCAAAUAUCGAUCCGUACCGUAAGGGACAAUCUUUUGCAUCAUGGUUUAAGCGGUUAGGGUACCAUUUUCGUAUCAACAAAGUAGCAGAUGCCGACAAGAAAGACCACUUGUUCCUUCUUGGAGCCUUAAUCCAACGUUUCAAAUUUGGUUCCCGAGUACAACAACCUGGUGAAACAGCCAGUGAAUUUCUUUUUUCGCUUAAACUCCAAACUGAGUAUUGUAAUUUCAAGGGUGAUAAACAGGAUCGUAUACUUGAUCGAAUUGUCAUUGGCUUGUCGGAUGACGCCUUGAGACAAAAGUUAUUAGCGGAAGAUGGGGACAAAUUGAAUCUCGCUCAAGUUGAGAAAAUUAUUUCUACAUGGGAGUUAGCUGCUUCUAAUGCAAAAAUAUUAACUCAAGACAAUUCUUUUAAACAAAUCGCUUCUAUUGUUGGAAGACGUGGUAAACGCGUGGCAGAUUCAAAUCAAGGGUAUUGUUCAGUGGGCCGAACAGGCUAUAGACAUUUUUCAGGUGAUGACGAGCCCAACGCAAAACCCUACAAUAGGUACAACGAUCGAGUGAAUCAUCGUUCGCAGACAGGACGGGCCAGCCAAAUGCGACUCCAGGAACAGCGAAAACAGUAUGCAGUGGUUCACCCGGUGGAAAAGAAAAGCGAUGAACAAUUAGUAAUCGACCGGCGAGUGUGUUACUAUUGUGGAGUUCGAGGACAUGUUCGCAGGAGGUGCCCGAAGCUGGAACAAUUCAAGAGGAUCAACAACAUCAACAUUGAAAAAUCCUGCACGAAUAAUGACGAUAAUUUGUCGAGCAUGAUUAGUUGUUGGGAAGACAAGAGUGAUGAUUGGAUCCAGGUGAAUUACAGUGCAUGCAUGUUUCCUCCAUCAACAAAAGUUGUCCAUGUUUACUAGAACUGGAUAUUCAAGGUAUCAAUGUGCAGAUGGAGAUUGAUAGUGGCUCAGACGUUUCCGUGGUUGGUAAGAAGCUAUUUUUGGUUGAAUUCAAUGUUCCCCUGGAAAAAAGUUCCAAUAGUUUGAUAGUGGUAAACGGUUCUCGAUUGAAAAUUGCUGGAGAAGUUAUAGUUUCGGUUAUUUUUCGGAAUAUAAAGGCAAAAUUAAAACUUCUGGUAUUGGAUAGUGAUCAUGAUUUUGUUCCUUUAUUUGGGAGAACCUGGUUGGAUGUUUUCUUUCCCAACUGGCGUAAUAGUUUUGAUAAACAAGUAACUGGAAACAGAAUAAUUGAACAUAAGAACAACGACUUAAUGAAUUAUGUCAAGACUAAACUGUCUGAUGUUUUCAUUAAAGAUUUUUUUACUCCUAUUAAAGGUAAUGAAGCCGAGUUGGUUUUAAAAAUUGACACACCUAUUUAUAGGAAAGCUUUUGACGUUCCCGAUGCAUUAAGGGAUAAUAGUGCUGAUAUUUGUUUGCGAUUCCCAUUGGAGCAGUCAGUUGCUGAUUUGAACAAAAAAUUUAGUGCUUGUGAUACUUCUGCUGUUAUGGCAGAGCAACCAAAACAGUUGAUUAAUACGAAAUGGAUUCCUUCCACAAAACAUUUUGGUAGAAUACACCAAGGAUUUUUCUACUACAAACAUCACGUUCAUUUAUUGAACGUUGAUGGCUUUUCAAAUUGGAUGGAAGUUGAAUGGAUGAAAAAUAGAACGGAAUGUAAAAAAAUGAUAAAACUACUGUUAGCAUAUUUGGCUAAAUUUGGGUUUCCAGACAGAAUGUCAAGUAGUGGUCCUCUAUUAAGUCCUCAUUUCUUUGAGAGGCAAGGAAUAUGGGGUUUAAACAAUCCUCCGUAUAAUAUUGCUAUUAAUGGCAAGGAGGAGAGAAUAGUUGGAAUGGUUAAAUAUGUAAUGAGAAUGAUUUUGCUCGACCCAAAGUACUUAUACGCAGAAUUGGAGGAUCUAAUUGGACUAUUUUUAAUAUAUUUUAAAAAUGGUAUGACGAUGGAAGGAUUUAUUUCUUCUCAGAAAGUUUUAGUAUAUACUUUUAAACUGUUAAUCAAUAUGAUUAAUGUAAAGCAAUACAACAAUAACAGUAAAGUACCAUUAAUUAGCUGUGAUUAUCUCAAUGAUGAAUUAAUUACUAGAUCUAAUGAUGAUAUUGGCAAAAAGCAUAGAAAAGAUCUUUUGGACAGCCUGAUGGCUGAUGAUGCCUUAUGGUACAGGAACAGUAACCCUCAGGAUAAAUGGUUGUAUGCUAAUUUUCGUAAACGUAUUUGUAAAAAUAUUUUACAGACUACAGUUGGAGGCGGAAUGACGGCCACGGUACUCCGAAGUCAAAUGAAGGCCGUUGGCGAUGCGCGCGUCCGGAGAUGUCAAUCGAUGAUGGUACAUGUCGAUCCCUAUGUCGAUGAUCCCGAUCCAUUACCACAACGAAGAACGCGUGUCGAUGAUGAGUCAGCGAAAAGCCCUUCCGGGGAUUCUCGGAGUGAGCAUUGUGGAGGUUCCAGUCGCCGGUCAAGCCGCAUCGAAAGAAGAAUAAGUAAAUCGAAUUUGGCGCUCGAUGGCCUGCCAAGGUAUUCGAAAAGAAGAAAUUAUAUCAGAUGUGAUCGAAUAAUUGUUUGGUAAAUAUUUGAAAGUUACGUUUCCUUCUCAAGUCUUCUAGACUAUCGAAAGUCUUGAAAAAGGGAAGGAUUGAUGUGUACCUUAAAAUGAUUUAAAUGUACAUUCCGUGUAUUUUAUGGUAACAUAAUUUAUAGCGAACGGUAAUGACCGAUACCGUUCUAAUAAAUGGUCCGGCGACUGUCGGCCUCUUUCAACACGAA